UUAUAAGCUAUUCUGAAUGCGCUCCAGCUUUAGUCAGUUUCUUAUCACAGUUCUGAUAUGAGCAGUCCUACAGCCACCACAUCAUCCUUGCCCAUAGGUCAACAGCAGACCGACUGCAACGAAUCUCGGGCACAUAUCGCACAUCUCAGUGAUGCCGAUGUGGACGAGGAGCGGCAGCGUGGUCUGCAGAGGUCAGACUCGGUGUCCUCGGAGGCGGCAGCGGUGGAGGCAGCCGACGAGGACAAAUUGGCGAGCGGCAGCGUGUCUCCAGAAGAGCGAUGCUCGCCAAUGGAGGCUUCGUCGAGUCCGGAGGCUCCGCCUUUGGCCGCAUGCGCCGCAGCGAGACCGCUCGAGACUCCCGAAGGCACCAAACGCACGCAAGCCAUGGUUGAUGUUAGCGCGGCGGACGACGAGAGCGGCCAGCAGCACACGAGCGCCGGUGCCAUCGACCAGUUCAUCGAAUUCAACAUCGGCAUGUCCGUCGACGAGUCGGCGCCGCAGCAGCCGCUGCAGCUCUACCAUCACCUCCACCACCACCCUGCCGGCGGCGCCAACGUCAUUCGGCGCCUCGAACGGCCCGAUUCGGAGCCAGAGAGCGACGCCGACCAGCCGGACAGCAACCAGUACUUGGACCUGCGUGUCCGGUCGCUUAGCAAGUCGCCGCCCUCGGACCUGAGCAGGCUGAAGCAGGGCGCCGAUCUAGUCGGCGCCACCCUCGAGGUGCCCAGCAUCAAAGACGAGCCCAUGACUGCAAACAGUCUGUCCGCCCUGUUCUAUCCACCGUACCGCGUCGGACACCCUUCCGAGGACUUUGGACGCGUGCACUUCAAGCAGGAGGACCUGAAGGAGAACAAUCACCACCAGUUGAGCGCCGUGGCGGCGUCGACCGUAGAGCAGGAGGUUUGCGAGUACCUGGACAUUCGGCGCGAGGGUGGCUACUUCGUGUCCAAGCUGACCAGCCUGGCGCCGCUGACCCCGGCAAACCAGCAGCACGAUGACGAUUCGGCCAAUGGCGAGCAGUACGCCGAGCCGCAGAUGCCGGCCAGGGCGCACCAGCAGUACCAGGAGCCGGCCGGACUAGACGCGGCCGCGGCCGCCUGUGGAAACAGCUACGAGGAAAUUCAGCGAGGCAUCUUCACGAACCCCUCAGCCUACCUUCAAGAUGCUGCUGCUUCCACACCGACCUCCGUUUCCCACGUUUGGCCCUCACAGCAAACGGAAGAAUUCAAAGCUUCGUUGCUUGGUGCCAAUUUUGGUGGACACAGCAGCGGUUUGGGGAGCAACUCUCUGCCCCCUUUUAGUGCGUCCAGACUGCCCUACAGCUCGAGCAGCAACAACUCGAUUCUGCCCCCGAUCUCGCGACCAACGUACAACUCAAGCUACAACUGGCCCAUCCAGCAGGCGGCCAGCGAACAAUCCUCUUACGACUCGUACACGUCCAGAGGCCAACGCACGUCUGCGUCCACCACGCUCUCCUCGUCCAACUCCCUUUACCUUUCCCCAGCAGCAAACCUGGCCGAGUUCACUAUAGUAAGUGAGAACGACUUCUCGGACGGGCGCGAGUGCGUCAACUGCGGCGCCGUUUCGACGCCGCUGUGGCGACGGGACGCCACCGGCCACUACCUGUGCAACGCGUGCGGCCUGUACCAUAAGAUGAACGUUGAGGGCUCCGAUUAUUCCCUGGCCUACCCCAAUUACGGGAUCCCACCUGCGAGAUCUACUGAGAAGUCGGCAAUUUCUUCCACUACUUCCAACAGGCGGUUGUCUGCUUCACGGAGAACAGGGCUGAGUUGUUCGAAUUGCCAAACGAGCAGUACAUCCCUGUGGCGACGCAACACCAGCGGGGAUCCCGUGUGCAAUGCAUGUGGUCUCUACUUCAAGCUGCACGGCGUCAACAGACCUCUAACCAUGAAAAAGGACAACAUUCAGACCCGGAAACGCAAACCAAAGACCAGCAGCAGCACCUCCAAAUCGCACCACGCAGACCAGUCCAAACUUGAUGCAUCCUCAGCAGAUCAUAAAUUGAAAAAGUUUGACAUUCUUGCCGAGUAUUUCAACAAAUCGCCCCUGCUGAACUCUGAAUUAGGCAACUAUCUAAGCAGCCAAGAAGCGGCGGUUGCCUAUAGCCAACUUAAAUCUGACUACCGCAGAAGCAGCAGCAAAGCGGUGGCGGCAGCGGCAGCGGCGUCCUCGAUGCUAAGUAGCUACCCCUUGGCACCAACCGGACUCAUGCACAGCUCGCAGGCCUUCAACUUGCUGAACCGGCAGUGGCCAAACGCGGCCGAAUUUUCCACGUUCACCGCCAUGCAGCACCAGCACUCGCCCUCCUCGGGCUACCAGCAGACGUCGCCCAUCUCGCCGGCCAACUCGGACCCUCUCAGUGAGAGCGCCCACCUGCAGAAGGGCACGCCUGACGAUGACCACCCUGACAUGUAGCCCAGCAGCUCCUGUCAAUAAUAAUGAGAAUGCAUUUGUAAAUAUUGGUUUGAUGCUGAGAGCUGAUGAAUGGAUAGGUCUCUGCAAAAAGAGUGAUAUUUUUAAGAGUUUUGAAACUUUACCCCAACAUCAGUGCCUGAAAUGAAAAGAAAAAAAAUUGCAAACUGAGACUUAUCACCUAAUAAUGUUACGCUGGAAGUGUUUUUCUUUCUUUCUAAAGCAAAGACAGUGAGACAGCUUUUGCUUUUUAUUUAAAAAAAAAAAGAGAUUCUUUAAGUUUUACUCUGUAAUUUAUUUUAGCUCGCAAGUGUUUGCAAUUGAUCUGAAGAUUGUAUGUGUUGAUUGUUUUUGUCAAGUCUGAAAGAUCUGACGUUCCACCAAAUUUCCUAAUGUUAUCCCAAGUCAAUUAGCAGAAAGUCUGAGCUUGUUGAAUGCAAUAAUAUUUGUUUGCGAGUGACAAAUAAUUAAUUGAGUGUAUAAAAAAACCGAGAACAAGAAUUUUUCUGAUCAAGAUAAAUGAAUUUACUCAUUUUGUUUGAAUAUAAAUUAGAAUGAUAUUUUGUAAAACUCGUUUACACACCUAAUGUAAAAAUCUCAUUUGAAUAAACUGCCUGUUUUUCGCAAUUAGUU